AUGUUCAUCUUCUCUUUUCAGUCCCAGAAACCCUGGAUAGAAAGCACUUUCACCAAGAGGGAAUGUGUGUACAUACUUCCAGUGUCAAAGGACCCCCACAGAUGCCUUCCAGGAUGCCAGAUUUGCCAGCAGCUAGUCCGGUGCUGCUGCGGACGUCUGGUGCGGCAGCAUGUUGGCUUCACAGCCAGCCUGGCCAACAAGUACUCGGACGUGAAGACGGCUGAGGGCUCCGGCAGAGCCGCGCUGGAGCUGGAGGAGUGGUCGGUGGAAAAACACACAGAGGCCAGCCCUACUGACGCCUAUGGUGUCGUUAACUUCCAGGGAGGCUCGCACUCCUAUAGAGCCAAGUAUGUGCGUUUGUCCUACGACUCUCGUCCGGAGAGCAUCCUUCGGUUGAUGCUGAAGGAGUGGCAUAUGGAGCUGCCCAAGAUUCUGAUCUCUGUCCACGGAGGCGUGCAGAACUUUGAGCUGCACCCUCGCAUCAAGCAGGUGGUUGGCAAGGGCCUCGUCAAGGCAGCCGUCACCACAGGUGCCUGGAUUCUUACAGGAGGGGUCAACACAGGUGUAGCAAAGCAUGUCGGUGACGCUCUCAAAGAGCAUUCUUCCAGAUCAUCCAAGAAAAUUUGCACUAUUGGCAUUGCAUCCUGGGGAGUCAUCGAAAACAGAACCGACCUCAUCGGUAGAGAUAUCAUUGCUCCAUACCAGACCCUGCUCAACCCCCUCAGCAAACUCAAUAUUCUCAACAGCCUCCACUCACAUUUCCUACUCGUUGACGACGGAACGGUGGGCAAGUACGGUGCGGAGGUCCAACUCCGGCGCGACCUGGAGAAGCAUAUCAACCUCCAAAGAAUACAUGCACGCAUUGGUCAGGGUGUUCCUGUUGUGGCACUCAUCUUUGAAGGGGGUCCCAAUGUGAUCUUGACUGUACUUGAUUACCUUCAAGAGACCCCUCCCGUCCCCGUGGUUGUGUGCGAGGGCACGGGCCGAGCCGCUGAUAUACUAGCCUACGUCCACAAGCAAACUGAAGAGGGCGGUGGACUCCCAGACGGCGUGGAGGCGGACAUCAUUGCCACCAUCAAGAAAACAUUCAACUUCAGCCAGAGUGAUGCCAUCCAUCUUUUUCAAACUCUGAUGGAAUGCAUGAAGAAGAAAGAAUUGAUCACUGUGUUUCACAUCAGCUCAGAGGAAAGCCAAGACAUCGACGUCGCCAUUCUCAGAGCCCUCCUCAAAGGCACAAAUGCUUCUGCCUUCGAUCAGCUGGUUCUCACCCUUGCCUGGGACCGUGUCGAUAUUGCCAAGAAUCAUGUAUUUGUGUACGGACAGCAGCUUUUGGUAAGCUCCUUGGAGCAAGCUAUGCUCGAUGCACUGGUGAUGGAUCGAGUGGACUUUGUCAAGCUGCUGAUUGAAAACGGUGUCAGCAUGCACCGCUUCCUGACAAUCAGUCGGCUGGAGGAGCUUUACAACACUAAACACCCUCCCUACAAUCCAACUCUCCUCCAUUUGGUUAGAGAUGUCAAGCAGAGCCAUCUGCCUCCAAACUACAAGAUAACGUUAAUUGACGUGGGUCUGAUUAUUGAGUACCUGAUGGGCGGGACUUACAGGUGCAACUACACCAGGAAACGCUUUAGAAUCAUAUACAAUAAUCUCCAUGGCAGCAACCGGAGGUCUGUGCGCCACCCAAUGGGCUCGAGCUCUCAUUUGAGAAAAAGUCCGGAGUCAUUCACCAUGCAGGCUGAUAAGAAGGAGAAAACCAGGCACAACCAUUUCAUCAAGACUGCACAACCGUACAAACCCACACUGGAGUCCACCAAAGAGCAGAACAAAAAGCGCAACAGGGAGGAGAUCGUGGACAUUGACGACCCGGAGACACGGCGCUUCGCCUACCCGUUCAACGAGCUGCUGGUGUGGGCCGUACUGAUGAAGCGACAGAAAAUGUCACUGUUCUUCUGGCAGCAUGGUGAGGAGAACAUGGCCAAGGCCCUAGUGGCCUGCAAGCUCUGCCGCUCCAUGUGCUACGAGGCCAAGAAGAGCGACGUGGUGGAUGACACAUCCGAGGAGCUCAAAGAGUACUCCAAUGAAUUCGGCACGUUGGCAGUGGACCUGUUGGAGCAGUCAUUCAGGCAAGACGAGACCAUGGCCAUGAAGCUGCUCACCUACGAGCUGAAGAACUGGAGCAACUCGACCUGCUUGAAGCUGGCAGUCUCUUCGCACCUGCGACCCUUCGUGGCACACACCUGCACCCAACUCCUGCUGUCUGACAUGUGGAUGGGGCGACUAAACAUGCGCAAGAACUCCUGGUACAAGGUAAUUCUGAGCAUCCUAGUGCCUCCUGCCAUCCUUCUGUUGGAAUACAAGUCUAAGGCCGAGAUGGCGCACAUCCCACAGAGCCAGGACGACCACCAGAUUACCAUGGAGGACAGCGAAAACAACUCUCAGAACAUUGGGGAUGACAUCCAAAUGGUUAGAACCAUUCCAUCUGUCUAUUCCUUCUUUGCUUUUUUUUUUUCGUCCUCAUUCAUUCUAAGUUCUUUUCAGGAUGUAUUAAAGGAGACCAGAUCCAGUGAACCUGUGGACACAAAGAAUGACAUGGAAACACACGUCCGCACCCGAAAGCUGCCAUUAACCAGGAAAAUCUACGCUUUCUACCAUGCUCCCAUUGUCAAGUUCUGGUCAAACACGCUCUUUUAUUUGGGUUUCUUGAUGCUCUACUCGUUUGUGGUACUGGUAAAAAUGCCCGAAUGGCCUUCUCUACAAGAGUGGAUUGUCAUCCUCUACAUCUUUACGUCAGCCAUUGAAAAGAUUCGAGAGAUGUUUAUGUCAGAAGCUGGCAAAAUCAGUCAAAAGAUAAAGGUGUGGUUCGAUGAGUACUUCAACGUCUCAGACUUCCUGGCCAUCGUGUCUUUCUUCAUCGGAUUUGGCUUAAGGCUAGGCGGUGGGAAAGCCUUCGUCCCCGGCAGGACGGUUUACUGUCUCAACAUAAUUUUCUGGUAUGUGAGACUCCUCGAUAUCCUGGCCGUCAACCAGCAAGCUGGACCGUACGUCAUGAUGAUUGCCAAAAUGGUGGCCAACAUGUUUUACAUUGUGGUGAUCAUGGCCAUCGUCCUGCUUAGCUAUGGCGUUCCUCGCAAAGCCAUUUUGAAUCCGAAUGAAGAACCCAGCUGGACACUGGCCAAAGAUGUGGUUUUCCAGCCAUACUGGAUGAUGUAUGGAGAAGUGUAUGCCUAUGAAAUCGAUGUGUGCGCCAGCAACAGUGAAAAGUCAGUAGAGGGCCUUUGCACAACAGAAGUGUGGCUGCUUCCUCUCCUUCAAGCAGUCUACCUCUUUGUACAAUACAUACUCAUGGUUAACCUCCUCAUUGCCUUUUUCAACAAUGUGUAUAUACAGGUAAAGUCCAUCUCCAAUCUGGUGUGGAAGUACCAACGCUACCAUUUUAUCAUGGCCUACCAUGAGAAACCAGUCCUUCCACCACCCUUCAUUAUUCUGUGCCAUAUUUACUCACUCUUCUGCUUGUGUCGAAAGAGGAAGAAGGAGCACACCUACGGUCCAAAGCUGUUUCUCACAGAUGAAGACCAGAAAAAGCUUCAUGACUUUGAGGAGCAGUGUGUGGAGACGUACUUCCAUGAAAAGGAAGACCAGAUUCACACAGGAAGUGAUGAACGCAUACGGCUCACCUCUGAAAGAGUUGAGACCAUGUGUAUGCAGAUGAAGGAGGUGGGCAACAAGGUCAACUUCAUCAAGCGCUCUUUGCACACGCUGGACUCCCAGAUCGGUCACCUGCAGGACUUGUCUGCCCUCACCGUGGACACCCUGAAUACCCUGAUGGCUCAGAGGGCGUCUGAGGCCAGCAAGGUCCACAAUCAGAUCACUAGGGAGCUCAGCCUCUCCAAGAAUGUGGUCCCCAGCAUUGUUCCCGUGGCGAACGACACCGGCCCGCAGUCCAAACCCUCCGUUUUGGGGAAGCGCAACCUCGGGCCCUAUUUGGGCUCGGCGAAUAUUGCAGACUCUCUUUUUGGGAUGGGGACCGAUAGUAGCCGUAGAGUUGCGCCGAGUCCUUUAACGGGACUGGGGCUUGACCCCAAUCUGAGUCCAGAAAGGAAGGGCUUAUUAGGGCUCGGGCACCCCGCCGCCGAGGCUGGCUCCUCCGGCAGCGGUGCCUCCAGUGCCUUUGUCCAAAGUGCUGCCGCCGUUUCCCUGUCGGAGCUGCAGUUCCGGGGCCACUCCCUCACCCGCGGCAAACUGACCCGUCCACAUGAGCCGGAAUAUUCCGACUCUCCAUCCAGCCUGCCCAACGUGCCAUCGCGGGUGGCGCACUUUCACAUCAGCAGCACACCCUCCCAGCCUUGCGGCUCCAGCCAUCCGGAGCUCGCCCUGGCUGGGCUUUACCAGCAGACGGCGGAAAGCCCCGCCAUAGAGUUUGGCGCUUUCGUCGGCUAUAAAGACAAUUUUGACCUCGAGCACUCGACACCCAAAGAAUCCUGCAGUCCACAACGUAGCCCGGCCAUACCUAGGCAGGUCCAGCCUGAAAGUCAAGGUCACAUUAGAGCAGUUAAUUCCUACGCUGGUUUUACGGAGUUUGACAAGAAUCCUGCUUUUCUUCAUCCUGAUUCAACUCUCAGAAAGAAGGAUCGGAGCAGAGUGUCGGCUGAGGACAUACUCAUCCACGAGGAUCCGCGGUCUACAGUGCCGGAGAGAGUGCAAGUCAAAUCAGCCCAAGCAAGCAGCCUCCAACCCCCUGGAGAAGAUAUAUUAACUGCUCCAGUCUCUUUUUGCACAACUCGCCACUCUCACCUUGGACCCCGAAAGGAUUCCAUUGGAUCACCCUUCAAGCCAAUGGAAAACUACCAGUAUUCAGCUGUUGAGCGCAAUAACCUGAUGAGACUGUCACAGAGCAUCCCUUUUACACCGGUGCCCCCACGAGGUGAGCCAGUGACUGUGUACCGCCUGGAGGAGAGCUCGCCCAACACCAUCAACAACAGCAUGUCUUCCUGGGCCCAGCGCGGCCUGUGUGCCAAGAUUGAGUUUCUCAGCAAAGAGGAGAUGGGCGGAGGUCUCAGAAGGGCCCUCAAAGUCCUAUGCACCUGGUCCGAAUACGACAUCCUCAAGCCGGGACUCCACUACAUAGUCAAGUCCUUUCUUCCUGAGGUGGUGGAGACCUGGCAGAGCAUCUACAAAGAUGACACAGUGUUGCAUCUUUGUCUCAGGGAAAUUCAACAGCAGCGAGCAGCGCAAAAGCUGACGGUGGCCUUUAACCAAAUCCGACCCAAGCCAAUUCCAUACUCGCCAAGGUUCCUCGAGGUGUUCCUGCUCUACUGCCACUCAGCGGGACAGUGGUUCGCCAUCGAGGAAUGCAUCACGGGCGAGUUCCGCAAGUUCAAUAACAACAACGGCGAUGAGAUCGCCCCCACCAACCUCCUGGAGGAGACCAUGCUGGCCUUCAGCCACUGGACCUAUGAAUACACGCGCGGCGAGCUGUUGGUGCUCGAUCUGCAGGGUGUCGGAGAGAUUCUGACUGAUCCGUCUGUAAUAAAGAGCGGCGAGAAGGGGUCUUAUGACAUGAUCUUUGGACCGGCCAACCUGGGUGAUGAUGCUAUUCGAAACUUCCGGGCCAAACAUCGCUGCAAUUCUUGCUGCAGGAAGUUAAAACUUCCUGAUCUGAAGAGGAACGAGUACACGCCCGACCAGGUGUCCACUCGGGGGCGGAGCCAAGGAGCCGCACCAAUCAAUGAGGCUGACGACGCUGUGAUCAAUCAAUCAACUGGAAGAAUUGCGUUACCAUAAAAACGGCCUCUCGCUGUGUCAAAACUCGAUUAUUUUCGCAUGUGCAUUCAUGAGCAGGUACAUUAUUAUUAUUUAUUGAUGUGUUUUUGAUGUUGCCUUCUUUUGAGAUAUGUUAUAAGAAAUCAAAGUGCAUUGUCUAUCUGUUACAGCAUCAGUGCGUUAAUAUUGUAUUCUUGCUUUUAUCUCCGAAUUCGUUCCCAAAUCAUGUGUUGUUUUUAAGAAAAAAGGGCAGAUUGCAAUGCAACUUUUCCAGGACAUCGUUUUUGUCGUUUUAUUCCAAAGUGUGUCCGCCCUUAAGAGUUUUAAUUGUUACAAAGGUACGACUGUAAUAUCUUUGUCAUCACCUGUCAAUUAGCGCAGAUGGAUUAAAUCGAGUGUAUCUUAUAGAUACUAUUAUCUGCAUGAACAGCUUUGUCAUCUUAUAUUCAGGGCACACUUUAAGGGUAUUACUGUAUACAUUUUGUACUGAACAUCGUUUUAAAGAAAUAAAAUCUCAAACUUCACUUUAAUGUGUCGUAUGCUUUCAAAACGUAGUUUUAAAAACGAGAUACGAAGGAUGAUGUUCUAGAUGUCCAAUUGUGGCUCUGUUCAUCCUUCUGUUGGGAAUAUACACUGCUGGCCAAAAGUAUUGACACCCCUGCAAUUCUGUCAGAUAAUGCUCAAUUCCUCCCAGAAAAUGAUUGCAAUUACAAAUGCUUUGGUAGUAAUUAAAGAUAUCCCGAUCGAUCGGGUCCGAUCACGUCAUUUUCAAAGUAUCGGAAUCGACAAAAAAAUAUCGGACAUGCCUUUUUUUGACAUAUAUAUAUUUUUUUAUUGAAAUAGUUUUGUAAUUGUGUUUAACGUUACAGACAAAAUGUCUUACACUCAUCCAGAGUAGUUUUGGCUUAAAGUAGGGCUAUCAAAUUUAUUGCGUUAACGGCGGUAAUUUAAAAAAAAAAAAUUAAUCACGUUAAGUAACGCAUGCGCUGCACGACCCACUCACGCAUUGUCGCAUUCAAUCUAUAAAGACGCCGUUUUACCUAUAGAUAGUGCUAAAAGGCAGCGUAUAAUGAGUAGAGAGAAUUUUGACAGCCUUUGGAGCCCAUUAUAUGUUGCUGAAGCCUUACAAUACCUCUCUCAGCAAUUAAAAUAACGUGGGAGGCAAUGUGGGGAUGAAAGGUAGUAGUUGAUCAUUUUCUUAACACCCUAUGUUCUUUCCCAACGCAGAGAAGAUAACUCAAUUGGUGCCCCUAGGCACAGUCAUGGUUGCACUUCCCAUCAUGCAUCUGGGCAGAAGUUAAAUGGCUGCAGUAUCAUUUACUGAAAGCUCAACAAAUACACUAGAUGGCAAUAUUUAGUCACAAUAUACAAAGUCACAUUUAUCCUUUAAGAAUUACAAGUCUUUCUAUCCGUGGAUCCCUCUCACAGAAAGAAUGUUAAUAAUGUAAAUGCCAUCUUGAGGAUUUAUUGUCAUAAUAAACAAAUACAGUACUUAUGUACUGUAUGUUGAAUGUAUAUAUUCGUCCGAGUUUUAUUCAUUUUUUUCUUAAUGUAUUGCCAAAAUGUAUAUGAUCGGGAAAAAUGAUGGGGAAUGAUUGGAAUUGAAUCGGGAGCCAAAAAAAAGCAAUCGGAUCGGGAAAUAUCGGGAUCGGCAGAUACUCGAACUAAAACGAUCGAGAUCGGAUCGGGAGCAAAAAAACAUGAUCGGAACAACCCUAGUAGUAAUAUCUUCAUUUAUUUUGCUUGCAAUGAAAAAACACAAAAGAGAAUGAUGAUUAUCAUUUUACACAAAACUCCAAAAAUGGGCCGGACAAAAGCAUCGACAGCCUUAGCCUAAUACUUGGUAGCACAACCUUUAGACAAAAUAACUGCGAACAACCGCUUCCGGUAUCCAUCAAUGAGUUUCUUGCAAUGCUCUGCUGGAAUUUUAGAGUAUUCUUCUUUGGCCGACUGCUCCAGGUCUCUGAGAUUUGAAGGGUGCCUUCUCCAAACUGCCAUUUUCAGAUCUCUCCACAGGUGUUCUAUGGGAUUCAGGUCUGGACUCAUUGCUGGCCACUUUAGAAGUUUCCAGUGCUUUCUCUUAAACAAUUUUCUAGUGCUUUUUAAGGUGUGUUUUGGGUCAUUGUCCUGCUGGAAGACCCAUGACCUCUGAGGGAGACCCAGCUUUCUCACACUGAGCCAUACAUUAUGCUGCAAAAUUUGUUGGUAGUCUUCAGACUUCAUAAUGCCAUGCACACGGUCAAGCAGUCCAGUAACUGAGGUAGCAAAGCAACCCCAAAACAUCAGGAAACCUCCGCCUGCUUGACUGUGGGGACCGUGUUCUUUUCUUUGAAGGCCUCAUUUUUUCCCCUGUAAACUCUAUGUUUAUGCCUUUUCCCAAAAAAGCUCUACUUUUGUCUCAUCUUACCAAAGAACAUUCUUCCAAAACGUAUUCGGCUUUCUCAGGUACGUUUUGGCAAACUCCAGCCUGGCUUUUUAAUGUCUCUGGGAAGUGGGGUCUUCCUGGGUAUCCUGCUAUAGAGUCCCUUUUCAGACGCCGAUUGAUAGUACGGGUUGACACUCUUGUACCCUCGGACUGCAGGACAGCUUGAACUUGUUUGGAUGUUAGUCGAGGUUCUUUCUCAACCAUCCGCACAAUCUUUCGUUGAAAUCUCUCGUCAAUUUUUCUUUUCCGUCCACAUCUAGGGAGAUUAGCCACAGUACCAUGGGCUUUACACUUGUUGAUGACACUGCGCACGGUAGACACAGGAAUAUUCAGGUCUUUGGGGAUGGACUUGUAGCCUUGGGAUUUCCCAUGCUUCCUCACAAUUUUGCUUCUCAAGUCCUCAGACAGUUCUUUGGUCUUCUUUCUUUUCUCCAUGCUCAAUGUGGUACACACAAGGACACAGGACAGAGGUUGAGUCAACUUUAAUCCAUUCUCACUGUCUGCAAGUGUGAUUUAGUUAUUGCCACUUCCUGUGUUUUUGCCAUAGGUAACAGGUGCUGUUAAUUCCACAAAUUAGAGAAGCAUCACCAUUUUAUCAAAGGGUGCCAAUACUUUUGUCUAGCCCAUUUUUUGAGUUUUGUGUAAAAUGAUAAUGAUUUUUUUUUUUCAUUCUCUUUUGUGUUUUUUCAUUGCAAGCAAAAUAAAUGAAGAUAUACCUACCAAA